CUCGCCCGGAUGUCCGCGUGUCUUUGCCUCAACCGCUGUUGCCCUGCGACCUGCAGGUUCUAGGAGAACCGUGGGGAGGACAUCGGGACACUCGGAAGUCGGGAAAUAGUGGAAACAGAAUUGAACUGUCGGAGAACCAAAUGGUAUUGGAGACUUGGCUGGUGUCCAGCAGAUCCACACAUUUGGCGUCAGGAAAAAAGACAUAACAGGUGUGACUUGUCCAGAUAAUCCCACCUGGAAAGAGAUCCCAGAGGAGGAGGAGGAAGAGGAAAAAAUGGCUGGUUCUCAGGGGCUGUUGACAUUCAGGGAUGUGGCCAUAGAAUUCUCUCGAGAGGAGUGGAAAUGCCUGGACCCUACUCAGCGGAUUUUGUACAGGAACGUGAUGCUAGAGAACCACAGAAACCUGGUUUCUCUGGGCCUUGCUGUCUCUAAGCCGGACCUGAUCACAUGUCUGGAACAAAGGAAAGAGCCCUGGAAUGUGAAGAGACACAACACAUUAGCCAAACCCCCAGGAUGAGGCAUCACUGUUGCCCAGGCUGGAGUGCAGUGGCUAUUCAUAGGCAUGAUCAUGGUGCGCUGCAGCUUUCAACUCCUGACCUCAAGUGAUUCUCUCACCUCCCAAGGAGCUGGGAAUACAGGUGAGUGCCAUCACAUCCAACCUGAUGCACAAUUAUUAGAGAAAAAGGAAUUAAUCCCUCCUGAGUUGGAAAAAAUUGACUGUGAUUUUGUAAUUUUCUUUCUAGAAACUUGUACACUAUUGAUCAUAUU